AUGGACAACUUGAUGGGUCUGCUGCGGGUCCAUGUCAAACGAGGCGUAAACCUUGCUGUUCGGGAUGUCCGAAGUAGUGACCCUUACAGACUCAAGAGUCGUGUAGUAAAGAAGGAUGUAAAUCCUGAGUGGAAUGACGAUUUAUCAACCGUGUACGACCAUGACGCAUUUACUAAGGAUGAAAAAAUGGUAGACACUGAAUUUGAGGUUAGGCCAUAUAUAGAAGCCUUGAAAACACAUACCAAUUUGGAAGAAAUCCCAAGUGGAACCGUGCUAUCAAGAUUACAACCAAGCACCUCCAACUGCCUGGCUGAGGAGAGUCCCGUAUACUUGAACGAAGGGAAGAUCGUCCAAGACCUUGUCCUCAGAUUACGAAACGUGGAGUGUGGUGAAGUGGAAAUUCAACUCGAGUGGAUUCACUUUCCUGGCUCUAAAGCGUUCCUAAGUCAAUGA